AUGCACUUCGCAGGGUCCAGAAAACCUCUAAUUAAGUUCAGGCACUGCGAGAGGUCCAUCUACAGUUUCAGUGUACCCCAAUGCUGCCCCCUGUGCCAGGGGGACGUGGGUUCCACCAGGAUAGAGGACGCACCUAUCAGCAUCUCAGACCCGUUCUCCAAUGGGCAUCAAGAGAAAUGCGCCUUCCUCCUCAAACCCACAAGAGGGACCUUCCUGAGGGAGUACGAUGGAAAGUCUGAUCUGCACGUUGGACUCACUAACACACAUGGGGUUGUGUAUAAUUACAACGCAGACGGCGUACAGCGCGACGAGGCAGGAUGGGAGCAGAGUCUCAGCGUCCCACUAGUCCAGCCCAGCAUGUUCGGACUCAUGGACCAGUGGGACGCGUACCUGGAAGACUUCUCCACUUCGCCGGCCUGGCUGCCUCGCAGGUAUGAAGAGGACCAUCACAACUGCUCCAGCUUCGCCCUCGCCUUCAUUAACUGUGUCCUUGCCAUGGAAGGCAAAGAGCAGCUGGACAAGAGGGCGUUCACAGAGAAGUACGUGAUCCCGAGGACACGCCUGGCCUCCAAGUACAUCACACUCUACAGGGCCGUCCAGGAGAGGGGCUUCCACGUGGCUGACCAUCCCGAUCCAGUGACAAGCCCCUCUUAAGCAGUUUGUGGUAAAUGCUGCAUGAGACGGCGGUU